AUGAGAUUACGGGAUUUAGGGACACAGCUGGAGAGAUUGGAUUACGAGUCUGAUGUUGGUCAUACCGAUGAUGUCGGCACGCGCUUGGUGGAUGACCCAGCACAUCGGAACGAUUUUGAGCUUUGGCUAGAGCUGCUGCGGUACCGCCAGCGUCACUAUGGAGACAUUGGCACUUUGCACAUCUGGGAGGGAAUGACGAAGCGGGUGGGUGGGCUGCAGCUCCCUGUGGACGGAGAGUCUGCAGAUUUCUUCUGGCAGAGCUUUGUGAAUUACGGCCUAAAAUGCGAGGCGACCUUAAACGAGGUGGUGGAUUACGCGUUGGAACUGGAACAUCGAACAGGUAAACUCUGGCCCAAGCUUUACCAAAGCAUUGUGGGUACGUUUGUAAAGCUUGGGAUGGCAAACCAAGCUUUGAAAUGGCACAAGCGCCUGCAGAAGGCACACACUCCCAGUGACGGGGAUAUCGCUGAAUGCUUCACGGCUGCUCUACUUGACUAUGACAGCUCUGGGAGAGCAUAUGUCGGAUUACGAGCCCGGGUUGCUGCCUUCCACGAAAUAUGCAAGCAUACGAAUGGGCAUCAGGUUUACGGCCAAGUCAUUUCUGCCUUGAUGGCAAGCGGGAAAUCGAAAGAGUUGCUGCGAAUGCACGAGUUUCUAGUCGGACAAGGCGACCAUCCGCGUUCUAUCGAGGAACUUGAGCCGGUUCUCGAGUACGUACGGAUCUUUUCUAACAACGCCACCAAAGCUAGGCUUGAGCGGUAUUGCGAUGAGCGAUUCGGCCGCGACAACGCCGCCGAUUCCAGCGUAUUAUUACCAUCAUCUACAACGGGCCGGUCUCCAGCAGUGGGUGUGAAACACCAGCUCGAGGAAAAUGGUUUAAAAGAUGACUUCGGAGCUCGUAUCUUUGCCACAAAAGCUCUAUCAAUUGAAAUGAUUAUAGCUGGUUUCAGAACAUUUCAUAUUCCAGCCAUCGGCCCGCAGUCCCUGCGCGAGAUGGCUAGGCGAGCUCGUGGAAGUUAUGACAUAUUAGAAAAGCUUGAGCAGCUUGAGCAAAGCAAGAUAUCUGUUGGGAACAGUGUUUUCGUGCGAUUACUGCGCCGGCUUGCCAGGGAGAAGGAAGAGAUACUUCUCUCCGACUUGAUCCACAGCGAUCAACAUCAUGACGUGCUUGAGGACUAUGAAACUCAGGCGUCAUUGCUGGUGUCUCAUUACGCUGCUCGCGACUGGCGACAAUAUAACCUGACAUUAGUUGUCCUGAAAGAGCUGUUAGGCGAAGGAUCAAAGUUGCUGAAUAUUCAUUUUCAAAAACAUCUCGCAGCCGGGGAAAAGGAUUUGGCUGCUCAGGCAGUGACGGAGAUGCUCGCUCAAGGCUUCACCUUAGAGCCUGCUACCUUGACUUUUAUGAUCAACUACCUCUUCGGCCCUCGGAAACCGGGGCGUAAAGCAGUCAAUCAGCCGAACCUGCGUUCAACCCACUCCCUACCGUCUGCUUUCCGGUAUCUACAGAAUAUUGCUUUAACGGGUACAAGUGUUCCUGUGAAGCUCUGGGUUGAACUGCUCAAGCGAUACGGAAUGGUCGGUCGCUGGGAAGAACUCCGCGCCUGUUGUCUCUGGCUGGCCCGCCGCUACUCGACCAUUCCUUCCACGCCAAGAGAUGAUGUCCGAGCCUCAAAGAGAGACCCGCUUAUACUGCAGCAAAUAUUCGACCGCCAUAUGCAGGAAGCAAUAGUCAGCUGGGGAUUCAUCAUAGAACCGCCAACCAUGUUAAAGUCAAAGGAUUACCACGUGACUGGAAUGCACGGUGAGCGUCUAGUUCCAUUCGUUCGAGGCAUUCUACUUCUCCGCGAGCUGCGCAGUAAAGGUAUCGACAUCCAGUCACCGCUCAUUCGUCGGGUCAGCAAAAGACGCCUUGUUAUGCUCUAUGGUCCGCCCUUCUUCUCAAACCGAAAGAGGAACCGAACGCUGCGGGCUUUGAACCCUUACCCGGCUGACCGACUCAUUGAAGAUGUCAAUCGUGCCUGGGGAGAGCCGGAAUUGUUUGACGAAGAGGUCAAGAAAUCUCUGAACUGGAUGAUUCAAUUCCAUCGUCCGAAGCUCUCGCCCCGUCAUCGUGCUGACCGGGCUGAUUUACGGAAGUACCGGCGGAAAGAAAUCAGUGGCUAG